AUGACGGGUAGGGAUAGGUACAAGGUAGAUACAUGGUACGAGGCACCAUCAAGGAAGGGUAGGAAGAACAAUGCAGACGUGGGUUCGAAGGUUAAUGGUCCGGUGGCGACAAAGUUUUUUGUGUCCAAUAUUCCUGAAGGUUGUACGUCGGCGGUUCUGAAUGACGUGUUUAAAGGAUUUGGAAAUUUGAUCGGUACGUAUAUUGCAAGAAAAUACGAUAAGCUAGGUAAACGUUUUGGGUUUGUCUCGUUUGCUAAUGUCAAAGACCCGAUAACGCUUGAGAAGGAUUUAAAGGAUGUUUGGAUAGGCUCGUACAAGUUGUUCAUUGUAUUGGCUAGGUUUGUUGAUGGGGAGAAAGUCACCUGGAAGGAGGAUAAGAAGUGGGUUCCUGUAGCUGGGAAAAAUAAUGAGGCUAGAGUGAAGAAGGAUGUGCAUGUUACAGUGGAAAAUCAGCCAGCUUCUGCUUUGUUUGAAGGUCGGUCGUUUCGAGAUACUUUGGUUGGUAAGGAGAAGGGAGACGAUAUGGUUCAUGUGGUUUUGGAUGAUGAGGUCAUUGGGAACGUAUUUUGGAAUGGGUUGGGUUUGCUUGGUACGACAAAAGACUUGCAGGCUCUAACCUCCUUAAAGGAUUGGCUCAGGUCAGUAAGACUUCCGAAUAUUCGUAUUCGUUAUGUAGGAGGGUUAUCGGUGAUCUUGGUGUUUGAAGACAAGGAGGGUAUGAUGGACUUUUUAAGCACCAAGGAGGUUUGGAACCCAGUGUUAUCUACUUUGGUGGUAUGGGAAGGACAAAGGUUACCGUGUGAUCGCAUUGCAUGGCUUAAGAUUUUGGGGCUGCCUUUGUGUUUGUUUGACUCCACUGUUGUUGACAAGAUUGGGUCUAUGUUUGGGAGGGUGGUUCAAUCGGCUCAAGUUAACGAGGACCUUGAAGACUACUCGUAUGCCAUGGUAGGUGUCUUGUGUAAUUCGAUAAAAAGAUUUAACCAAGUUUGUAACGUGAAAUGGAGAAACGAGGUAAUAGCAAUCUUAGUGGAGGAAGAGCUUGGCGAGUGGAUUCCGGAUUGCAUUGGUAUGGAUGGGGAGGAGUCUUUAGAUGAUCUGAGGCCUCAGAAGAUGACAGUAGAUUCACUUGGUGAUAAGGAGUGUCUGAAUGAGGAGGCCCAGUUGUCUUUUCUGUUUACGAGGCUAAACUAUGGAUUAGUAAGGAUCGAAUGGGGGUGCGUAGGGAUGAAAAUAUUUUUAAGUGGUGUAAGUGGGUUCCCUUGA